AUUUUUGGAAAUCAAUUUAAAAAAUAAGUAUAAAAAUGAUUAAAUCAUGGGAAUUUUUAGCUCUAAUUAUUUUCUCGACCAUUUUCCUUAUUUCCGGUCAACAAGAAUAUUGUCAAAUUUGUCGUGAUCAUACAAUGUGCAUUUAUCGCAAUACAAGACCAGUUUGCAGUGCAAGCCGAGUCGGACUUAAUGCAGAUCAAAGAAGAGAAGUUGUAACAAUACAUAAUGUAUUGAGGCAAAGAGUCGCUUCAGGAGAAGAAAGACGAGGAAGACCUGGACCACAACCACGUGCUAGAAAUAUGCCAAAUAUGGUUUGGGAUCAAGAAUUAGCAAACAUUGCACAAAGAUGGGCAAAUCAGUGCAAAUUUGGACACGACAAAUGCAGAAACGUUCGACGAUUUGGCGUUGGGCAAAAUGUUGCUAUCUCAUGGACAUCGGGAACAACUCCUACCAAUAUAAUAACAGGAUUAGUAACUGCCUGGUAUGAUGAAGUAGCAGCAUUUGAUUCUAGACAAGUUGAACACGUCACAAAAUUCGAUUUUGUUGGACAUUAUACCCAAAUGCUAUGGGCAACAAGUGUCAGACUUGGUUGUGGAUAUGUGGCUUAUCGAGAUCGAAACCAAAAUGCAGUAUUACUAGUUUGUAACUAUGGUCCAGGAGGCAAUAUUGUAGGUGGCAAAAUGUAUGACAUUCGUCAUUGAAUAAAAAAUUAAUAAUAAAAUAAAUAUAAAAAAAUGUAAAACCCCUUUAAUAUUACCAAAGGGGACAAUUUCAUUCAGUGUAUAAUAAUACAAUUUCAGACUAAAAAAAAAUAUUUAAAAUUAUUUUCACUUGAGGAAAAAUGUAUAUAGGAUUUGUAUGAAUAAUAUUAGCACAAAAAUUGA